CAGUACUCAUAAAUGUGUCAAACAAAAUUCACAUAGUAAUACACUAACUACAAACAAUUUCAAACAAAUUAAGAAGCUGCAUACAAAACUCAUUCGAUAACAAUAUAUUAAAAUUCCAAGAGUGAUAAAUACAGAGGUUAAACUAAAACAGCAAUGCCGCACUUUGACUUGAAUGGACAUCCUUACCGUCGGCGGUUUCUUUACCAGCGGAAUCUCGAUUUGGGUCACCACCACGCCGGUGACUUUGCCGAGGAGGAUGAGGAUCCUCGGCUGAGGGGCAUCCUGCGGAGCACCAGUUGCCGGCGACAUCGUGAACGAUUGCGUUCCAGCCGGCAAUCGAACAUCCUCCAAGGACUUUCCAUCGCAGCGGCAGUGAUUGUUGUCGUUAUCCUGCUGCUCCUCCUGGGAAUCGAGAUGACCACCGUGCAGAUGGAUGAUCCCAAACAGCAGGAAGAAGGACUCUGGACUGGAGCUCUUAGACUACUGGGUUUGAAGCAGGAAGAAGAUCAGGUGGCAGCAAAUUCGUACCUGCAAACAAGUGCUGGGUUCUGCAGUCCGCAGGCUCUGGACUUGCGGCGGAUCUUCCGGCACUUGAGCAGAGUGGUGCUCAACCAGGAGCAGGCGCUGGCCAGGAUGGAGCGGGCACUGAGCGGUACAGGACGUUUCCGAUCGGUGGCACUGCUGGGUCCGCCGGGCGUGGGAAAAACGCUGACGGCCAACGCCCUGCGGCAUUGUUUUCCCUGGCCGGGAAAUGCUCAUUCGUACUCCUGGCGCACUCGAGUUCCGGAUGAGGCGAGGAAAUUCCGACUGGUAAGGCAGUUCGCCGACGGACUAUCGAAUUGCGGGGUGAAUCUGCUGAUCAUCGACAAUCUGGAGACCUGCGAUCACGGACUGGUGCCCAUCUACAAUCGACUGAUUCUCGAGCGGGAAGGCGAUCUCAACCGGAAUCAAACGGUCCUGGUCGUCUACGUUUUCAAUCUGGAAUCGGAUCUGUACUGGGAGCAGUUUGAGUUGCUGCAGGAACUGCCAGCGGAGACCACAAUAGUGAACUUUAGGUUCUUCAAUCACGAUGAUCUGCUGGAUUGUCUGGCCAGUGAGUUAAAAAGGGAGCAGCGAAUUCUCAGCAAGGAGCAGGAAUCCCUAGUUCUCGAGGAGGCCACGAAGAAUGUCCAAGUCUCUGGAUGCAAAAGCCUGCGACUGCUAAUCCUGCAAAAUGCAGUCAAACCAUAAAAAUAGUAAUCAGUCAUGUCAAUGUCGUAAAAAUAGGCAUUAGUUUCGUUUAAUUGUCACAGAUUUUAUGGUCGUCUAAUUGCUUUUAUGUAAAUAAUUUAAAUUUUAACAUUUAUAAGAUGUAAAUCUGGCAGUAACUAUAAGUAAAGGAACAACUUAAAAAUCA